UCUGGAACCUCCUGCUAUAAAUAGGGGAGGGUCUUUUUGUUUAAGCAAAACAUGUGAAGCUCUUUAUAUAUUUGUGUGUGUACCAGAGACCACCAGUGUUUAAAUUCUACUACUACUACUAGAGGAGUACUGAGUGAGUAAUAGUUUGGGAUAGAUAUAGAGAGAGAAAGUGAGGAAUUAUGAGAGAUAGAGAUGAAAUGGUGGAAAUGAAGCCUGCAUGGCUAGAUGGUCUAAUGGCUGAAACAUUCUUUGCUGCAUGUGGGGUCCACGAAAACCGAAGGAAGAACGAGAAGAACAUCUUCUGCUUGGAGUGUUGUCAGAGCUUUUGCCCUCACUGCCUUCCUUCUCAUCGCUCUCAUCCCCUGCUUCAGGUGAGAAGAUAUGUUUACCAUGAUGUUGUUAGAUUGGAUGAUUUGGAGAAACUCAUUGACUGUUCCUAUAUUCAGCCCUAUACCAUAAACAGUGCAAAAGUGAUAUUCUUGCAUCAGAGGGUACAGUCUAGGUCUUGUAAGGGCUCUGCCAACAUUUGCUUCACUUGUGACAGGAUUCUUCAGGAGCCAUUUCACUUCUGUUCUCUUUCAUGCAAGAUUGAUCAUAUGGUGUGUCAAGGGGAAGAUUUAUCCUGCAUUCUAUACGGGUUCAACGAAUCCGAUUUCGCGUUCUCUCAAUUCGAGGAGCUACGAAUGGACGGGUCGGAGCUCGACGCGGACGGCCAAAUUACCCCAAACUCCAUCCUUGAGGACCCUUUGCAAUUCAAAGGCACAUCAUGCUCCAGCAAUUCCAUGGGCAUUUCUGGAAUUUCACGUGAGCCCGAGGUGGCGAAAAAGAAGAAGAAAGGAAGUGGAUUCCUCCCUGGGAUUGUUCUAUCCCUAAGCAACAGGAGAAAGGGUGCUCCCCAAAGGUCUCCACUUUCUUGAGAAAAAUUUGGACAAGAGAUUAUUAUUAUUAUUAUUAUAUAGUAGUUAUAUAUAUAUAUAUUCCUAAGUGUUGUAUUGA